AUGACCACCACUGGUGUGUGGUGGGACAUCAACACCUGUCCCAUUCCCGACGGCUGUGACCCUGGUCGUGUCCGUUCGCGUAUAGAAUCGGCUUUGCAGGAGUACAUUGGUCCUGGAUGUCCAGUCACCAUCUUUUGCAUCGGCAAUCUAGAAUUCAUCUCUCCUCAGAUCUUAAAAGGGAUCUCUUCCUCGGGAAUUCAUCUUAGACACUCCGUCUAUCAAGGGAUGGGAGUCUGUUAUCAUUUGGACGAAUGGGAAGAGCGCAAUCCACCCCCGGCUAAAAUAAUGCUCGUAUCCUCAGAUAGUUCCUGGUUUAAUUUCUCUUUUUAUUCUCCAGCGGAUACACUAUUCUUCGCGCACUUCCAGAUCCUCUGUCUUUCCCAACACGCACGUCUACUCACGCAUGGGCCUGGGAAAACUUAUUGGGAGAGAAAUCAUGCCUUGUGGAUACAAACAGCUCUAUACGUCCUAAGGAUGAACCUGCCUCGUGGUUUUGCACACUAUGCGAAAUUCCUAGCCAAAGCUGUGAUGAUUUCAUCAACCAUAUCAAGAGUACUGAUCAUUCACAAUAAAUGGCUUCAGAUCAUAUCAAACCAUUUGUUCCGUCCCAUUUACCUAACCAAAUGGAAACCGAGCUUUCAACUCGUCAGUUUCUUCAUCUGCAUCUGCAGCGCAAUGUACCUUGGAAAACGUGCAGAUGGAGUCCGUCGCCCUCGCUCUGAACCUUCGAUUCCUCUGCUCUCAACAAGCUGUUUAGGCGAUGAAAUCGAAUCCUCUGGUGUUCUGAAAAAGCUUUGGUUCUUCAAACGGGUUUCUUCUCUGUGGCCGCCAUCCGAAAGCUUACUACUUGUAUGA